AUGCACGGUGGUGGUGACGGUAACGAUAUCACAGAAAUUAUUGCAGCCAGACGUCUCCAGAUCGCUGGUAAGUCUGGUGUGGCUGGUUUAGUCGCAAACUCAAGAUCUUUCUUCAUCGCAGUCUUUGCAUCUCUUGGUGGAUUGGUCUACGGUUACAAUCAAGGUAUGUUCGGUCAAAUUUCCGGUAUGUACUCAUUCUCCAAAGCUAUUGGUGUUGAAAAGAUUCAAGACAAUCCUACUUUGCAAGGUUUGUUGACUUCUAUUCUUGAACUUGGUGCCUGGGUUGGUGUCUUGAUGAACGGUUACAUUGCUGAUAGAUUGGGUCGUAAGAAGUCAGUUGUUGUCGGUGUUUUCUUCUUCUUCAUCGGUGUCAUUGUACAAGCUGUUGCUCGUGGUGGUAACUACGACUACAUCUUAGGUGGUAGAUUUGUCGUCGGUAUUGGUGUGGGUAUUCUUUCUAUGGUUGUGCCAUUGUACAAUGCUGAAGUUUCUCCACCAGAAAUUCGUGGUUCUUUGGUUGCUUUGCAACAAUUGGCUAUUACUUUCGGUAUUAUGAUUUCUUACUGGAUUACCUACGGUACCAACUACAUUGGUGGUACUGGCUCUGGUCAAAGUAAAGCUUCUUGGUUGGUUCCUAUUUGUAUCCAAUUGGUUCCAGCUUUGCUCUUGGGUGUUGGUAUCUUCUUCAUGCCUGAGUCUCCAAGAUGGUUGAUGAACGAAGACAGAGAAGACGAAUGUUUGUCCGUUCUUUCCAACUUGCGUUCCUUGAGUAAGGAAGAUACUCUUGUUCAAAUGGAAUUCCUUGAAAUGAAGGCACAAAAGUUGUUCGAAAGAGAACUUUCUGCAAAGUACUUCCCUCACCUCCAAGACGGUUCUGCCAAGAGCAACUUCUUGAUUGGUUUCAACCAAUACAAGUCCAUGAUUACUCACUACCCAACCUUCAAGCGUGUUGCAGUUGCCUGUUUAAUUAUGACCUUCCAACAAUGGACUGGUGUUAACUUCAUCUUGUACUAUGCUCCAUUCAUCUUCAGUUCUUUAGGUUUGUCUGGAAACACCAUUUCUCUUUUAGCUUCUGGUGUUGUCGGUAUCGUCAUGUUCCUUGCUACCAUUCCAGCUGUUCUUUGGGUCGACAGACUUGGUAGAAAGCCAGUUUUGAUUUCCGGUGCCAUUAUCAUGGGUAUUUGUCACUUUGUUGUGGCUGCAAUCUUAGGUCAGUUCGGUGGUAACUUUGUCAACCACUCCGGUGCUGGUUGGGUUGCUGUUGUCUUCGUUUGGAUUUUCGCUAUCGGUUUCGGUUACUCUUGGGGUCCAUGUGCUUGGGUCCUUGUUGCCGAAGUCUUCCCAUUGGGUUUGCGUGCUAAGGGUGUUUCUAUCGGUGCCUCUUCUAACUGGUUGAACAACUUCGCUGUCGCCAUGUCUACCCCAGAUUUUGUUGCUAAGGCUAAGUUCGGUGCUUACAUUUUCUUAGGUUUGAUGUGUAUUUUCGGUGCCGCAUACGUUCAAUUCUUCUGUCCAGAAACUAAGGGUCGUACCUUGGAAGAAAUUGAUGAACUUUUCGGUGACACCUCUGGUACUUCCAAGAUGGAAAAGGAAAUCCAUGAGCAAAAGCUUAAGGAAGUUGGUUUGCUUCAAUUGCUCGGUGAAGAAAAUGCUUCUGAAUCCGAAAACAGCAAGGCUGAUGUCUACCACGUUGAAAAAUAA